CCAUUUUCUGAAAAUGGUUCGUUGCUUUAUUAUCAGUGAAAUGUAGAGCUAUAUGCAUGGCUUUUAUGUAGGUCGACUAUGGAUUUGUACUUCAGUGUAGUGUGGCUUAAACAGGCAACAUAAUUCUGCUAUUUACAAGGUUAAUUUAAAUAUAUAGGGAUAAAUAUAUUAACAUAAAGACGGUGUGGUGUGUCUUCAAACAUACUCAUUCACUUCAUAGGGAAGGGAUAAUUCUUAUUGUAAAUACAAAACAUUUCAGAACAAAAGACAGUUCACAAUAUCUACUGUAAAAUGGCAACAUCUCUAGGAUCAGGUCAUAAUAGUUCAGAUUUAGUGAAGGACUAUUUUUGUGGAGGUUGUGAAAGUAGAAAUAUUCAUGAAAGUGCAUAUUAUUUUUGUGCAACAUGUACAAAGUUUUUUUGCCAAAAAUGCAAUGAUCCUCAUGAUCAAAUAUAUACAAACCAUUCCAAAUAUGGAAGAGGAGAAACAAAUAAAUGGCCUCUAACAAAGACAAUGGAGGAUUUGCUACUCAAAUGUGAUGUUCACAAGGACGAGAAACUGAAGAUGUUUUGUCAGGACCACAGUCAGCUGUGUUGCACUGAUUGUGCUUUCCUGAAUCACAGCCCUCUUCACACCUACUUGAACGUGGUAUAGGAUUUCUGAAUGUGGGACAAUCGGGAGGACACCCUCAAAUGACAGUGCACAAAUAUGGCUCUAAUUUCUGAGUCAGCCAAAAACCUGGCGAUGAAUAUGCGACAGUUGUUAAACAAUCUUCAAACUAUUGUUGACAAAUUAAAUAAGUUUAAGAGUAAACAAGAGGCCAGCAUUCAGUCGGUUGAGGUAUCAUGUAAUGAAAAACUGCAAGAAAUCAAAAACCUUAGAAAGAAAUUAAAUGCUACUUUGGAUGAACUAGAAAAUACAACAUUGAAAGAAUUGGAUGAAAUUCGAACUCCAAUGCUAACCUCUCUCAAGAAAGAUGUUGACAAAUGCAUCAAACUGAAGGAUGAUUUACAAACACUCAGUGAAGCUGUAAAUGGCCUUUGUGAUAAGAGCAAGAAAGAAAUAGAGUUCAUAGCCAGCAGAAAAUGUUUGGACAAAAUACAAGAGUCUGAGUCAUAUCUGAAGGAGAACCAUGUAAAGGUGCAUAGUAUUAUAUUCCAAGCAAACACUGACAUUGAGCAGUACCUAUCUAAACAGUCUAGUCUAGGAAUGAUAGCAGACAGUAUCCAGUCUCUAACACUCAAGAUGAAUCCAAACCAGCAGUUAACUGUGAAGAGACCAUCAGAGUAUAUUGUGAGCAUUCCAAGUGACACAAGUCAGACUUUCAGCAUAGUUGGCAUUUGCAGCAUGCCUAGUGACCAGGUCUGCGUUACAGAUUUCCAUAAUCGAAAAGUGAAGCUGUUGAACCAGCAUUACAAUGUGUCCAGUCACUGUGAUGUGUCUGGCAGUCCAUGGAACAUUUGCCAAAUCACAUCCAGUGAGGUGGCUGUAACUUUCAAUAAAGAUGUGCAGUUUAUCUCUAUUAACAAUGGAAAUCUGGCGAGUGGGAGGAAGAUUCCAUUACAGCAUGCAGCUUAUGGUAUUGCCCACCAUAAGGGAGCGUUGUAUAUCACCUCUGGCAAUGCCCUGUACCACUACAAUAUGACUGGGACACUUGUGAAAAAGCUGUUUGAGAAUGCUGGAGACUCUUCGACAGUGUCUUACUGUGCAGUGAGUCCUGCUGGGGACAAGAUCUAUGUAACCAACUACACACAGCACAAGCUCCAUACUCUGGCUACAGAUGGGACCCUGAUAUCCACCUUCAUGGACCCUGAUUUACAAAACCCAAAGAGUGUAUGCGUAACACCUGCAGGACAAGUGUUGGUCUGCGGAAACAGCUGCAAUACUGUCAUACAAGUGGAUCAUGAGGGAAAAAAGAAACUGGCAACUCUGGCUUCUCAGAAAGAUGGACUCAGCAAACCAUCGUCUGUCUGCUACAACACCAACACUAACCAGAUCAUAGUGGGACUAAAUUGUAACAGUAAAAUCAUUGUUAUGGACUUGGCAUAGCUCUACAAUUGGACAAAAACAUUGACAUAAAACACUUAUAAACAAAAUUGCCCAUUUCUGUUUGAAUGGCUGUUUCAGUAUUAGCAAUUUAUAUCUGGGUAAAGAAAAAACAAAUUUAUAGAGUUGAUCUUAAUUUGUUAUUAACAAGUAAUUAAACUUUAUUUGAAAAUGAGUUGUUUCAAUGCUUGAAAUUUGCUAAAUUUUACUCUAAGUAUGGUGAUUUAAUUACAAAAUAUAAUGUUUCUUUAAAAUGGCAUUAACAUAAUGGAAUCUCCCAUCCAUCAUUUUACGGUGAUGUUUUGAAGCGUGUCCGCAAAUUAAAAUAUGUUAAACCAAAUGUUCUUAUUAAACUUUUCAAUUUAAUUAACUUGUUUUUAUCAAAAGGAUACAAUGCUUAUGUACUUAAAAACACAUGUUUGAUGGUUUUCGAUUCACUAUAUCUUUCUUCUCUUAAAAUUUGGAAUCAUUAGUGAUAUUAUAGGCAUUUUUACUGUUGAACAAAAUUGUGUCUUUGUGUUGUAUGAACAAAUCUGCAUGAAAACUACAUUUGGACUCAAAUCGUACAUCAAAUCAUUUCUGUCGUCAGUUGUCAAAACACCUAUAUACUGUUUGAUUCCAAUAAUGUCGCUUUAAUGGAAUUACUAUUUUUAUAUAUUUGAUUCUUAAUAUUUAAUCAACUAAACUUGUUUUAUUAAAAGUACAAUUUUGCAGUAGCCCCCCAUUAAUAGUUUUAUUAUUACUUUACAGUACAGCCCCUGGAUUUUUUUCAUGUCAUUGUGUCUUCGCCUGUCAAUUACGUCAUAACUCUUUCUCUGUUUCUGGGUACAUGGAUUUUUUGACGUCAUACGAUCAACUUUCCAGUUUUUGCUACAUGCAUAGGUCAUUGGGUUUAUAACGUUCAAUUUUAUUUAUAUUUUCUCUCUGAUAGGCAAUUCUUUUUUUAUUUAAUUAUUAUUAAUUUAAUUUUUAGCAGUCACAUAAACAACCAAGCAAUGUUAUAUGGAAUUUUUACACCCAUUAUUGCUGCUUCUUCCUGUAUUUGCGCGAUGAUUAUCUGAAAUAUUAACUUAAUGACGCUAUAUUCUUAAAUCUUUUUCUAUAAAGAAGGAAUGUAGUUGACACUUGUUUGUAGUUUCAUUUUAUCGUUCGUCAAAAAGUUGUAACUCUGUUGCUCUGGUAUCUGCAAUACCAUUGAGUAAUUAAAUUGUAAUUAAAUUGAAUGCGUUUUAAUUCCCUUUUAUUAUUGUUUGAUUUGAGUUACAAUGCUAUGACGUUAAAUUUUAUUUACACUUAAAUGUAUUAUGAAUAUUGCUGGGCCAAGUGUGAGGUUGAGCACUCUUUAACUGGUUUAAACCCCCAAAUUGCUUUGCAUUGACCGUUCCAAGGCACCCCAGCUUUAUUCAUAUUUUGUGUUUAUGUUGGUUUGUAUUGUGCUGUAUUGUGCUGUUUUGUACUGUUUGGGCAAUCGGUCACUUGCCUUAAAUAAAGGACCAACUAAUUGUUUUUAAUGGGAAUUCAAUACUGCUCCAGCAGCUGGAGUUUCACUUCUUUAUAUUGAAUGAUUGCACCAUUUUACACAUGAAUUUAUGACAACUAUCUAUAAUGUUGAUGCAGAUUAUAAGUUCUUUAGUCUGGCUUCCUUUCAUGUUUUAAUACAUAGUUAUACAUGUUUUAUGUUUGGUAAUUAUUAAGAUGUAUUAACAUUUGAUUAUUAUAAAUGCUGAUGUUUUUCAUUAUUCAUUAGUUAUUGUUGAGUAACAAAUGUUUUUAUGUCAUUUAUGCUUUUUCUUUCAUAAAAUAAUGUAUAUUGAUAUUUGUACCAAUGUAUCUACUUCAGGCUUACAUUUUUACUGUGUUCUAGUACAAAUGUUUAUUAAACCACUUACAGUAUAAGCUCUGUGGUGGGUCAGACUUCUAGAAGAAAAAUACAUUAAUAUCUUUAAAUUGCCAUUAUCCUGGAACAGUUAUAAAGACUAUGAAUCAAAAAAGAUUGAAAUAUUUAAAUAAAAAUGCACCAUGAAAUGUGAAAAGAAAUCCUUAAUAAAUGAUCAUUGAUGCAA